AUUGACUGUCUUGGCAGGGAAAUUAUGGGAAUGCAGUCAGCAUGAGCCAUUCUGUAUGACCCGCUUGCGUGAGUAUGUGAGCUCAGACAUGUCAACGGAGGAAGGAAAUAAGUAUUCCACAACGCCACCGUUUUAGCUCGACAUCAAACAAUCUCAACUACAAAGUUCUUUCACUUGAGCGUUCCUUUAGGCUUCUAGCCUUCGUUCUUACUUUCUCUUCUUCUUCUCUUCAUCACUUUAUUAAUAGGUUCUCCACUAACCUCCAACAUGGACGCCGAGAACGAGAAGAAGAUCCUUGUCGAGGAUUCGACUACAACAACACAAAAGGACGAGGCUGAAAAGCCGGCUGAACUUGGAGAUCUAUGGCGCGUAUUUCGAUUCGCCGACCGCCUUGACUGGAUCCUCAACUUCACAUCCCUUAUUUGCUCUAUUGCUUCAGGAGCAACACUCCCCUUGAUGACUAUCGUUUUUGGACAAUUCACCGGCCGAUUUAGCGACUAUGCGAGUGGCAAGAUUGAUCCUGAAGGCUUUCAGGACGAGGUCAACACGUUUGUCCUAUGGUUUGUCUACCUCUUUGUUGGCAAAUUUGUCCUCAGCUACAUCGGCACGAUAACUAUCUCGAUUUCCGGGAUCCGAACAACACGAGUCCUUCGACAGCGUUUCCUGGAACAUCUUCUUCGAACCGAGAUUUGGUACUUUGAUACGGCUAAUGUUGGAUCACCUGCGACUCAGAUGACUACCAACGUCACACGCAUCAACCAAGGUAUCGCCGAGAAACUGUCACUUCUGGUCCAAGGGCUCGCCAUGUUUAUCUCAUCCUUUGUCGUCGCCAUCGCAGUUCAAUGGAAGCUGGCCCUGAUCACCCUGACUGUCGUUCCCCUUUUCUUUGUCAUCAUUGGCGUUGGAAUGGCUCUUGACGCGCCCAUCGAAGCAAGGGUCCAAGGCACUUACUCCCAGGCCAAUGUCUUCGCCCAGGAGGUCAUGGCUUCCAUCCGAACUGUCCAUGCCUUCUGGGCACAGGGCAGAAUGACAGUGCGAUAUGACGGCUAUCUCAAAGAAGCCCACGUGUACGGAAAGAAGAAGUCUUUCAUGUAUGGUGUGAUGAGCUCAUCAACUUACUUCUGCAUGUACGCUGGAAAUGCUUUGGCCUUCUGGCAGGGGUUCCGCAUGUACCAGAGUGGUGAGAUUGACUCUGUUGGUACUGUAUUCACAGUUGUACUAUCUGUCUUAUUGGCAUCAUCAUCGAUCGGUCUCCUAUAUCCACAGGUUCCCGCCUUGGCCAACGGUGCUGCAGCCGCUUCCGAGCUCUUCAAGAUCUUCGACAAACCAUCUUCACUAGAUCCUCUCGGUAACGAAGGCAAAGUCCCCGAAAGCUGCCACGGCCACCUCGAGGCCGAGAACGUCUCGUUCUCCUAUCCCUCACGACCCGACACACAGGUUCUCAACAACAUCAGCCUGAACAUCCCAGCAGGCAAAACGACCGCGAUUGUCGGGGCCAGCGGUUCUGGAAAGAGCACUAUAAUUGGCUUACUGGAAAGAUGGUAUCUGCCAACUUCUGGCCGCUUCCUACUUGACGGCGUGGAUGUGUCCAUGCUCAAUGUGAAGUGGCUACGGUCUCAAAUGGCUCUUGUUCAACAGGAACCAGUUCUAUUUAGGGGAACCGUCUUUGAGAAUGUGGCCAAGGGUUUUACUGAAGCACAGAAGGCUCUCAGCCCGGAUCAACAGAGGAAACUAGUGCAGGAAGCCUGUGAAGCCAGCUACGCCCAUGAGUUCAUUCAGAAGCUUGAACAGGGCUAUGAUACAUAUCUCGGCGAGCGAGGCGGUACACUCAGUGGUGGCCAGAAACAGCGAGUUGCCAUUGCACGCAGCGUUGUCUCUAAUCCCAAGAUCCUUCUCCUUGAUGAAGCAACGAGUGCCCUCGAUCCUAACGCUGAGCGAAUCGUUCAAAAGGCUUUAUCGCGAGUUUCUCAAGAGCGAACAACAGUCGUCAUUGCGCAUCGCCUAUCAACCAUCAAGGACGCUGACAACAUUGUCGUUGUUUCAGCCGGCCAGGUUGUUGAGCAAGGUACCCACGACGAGCUGCUUGCGCUCAAUGCUCACUAUGCCAGACUCAUUCGCGCGCAGAACUUGGCAGUUCCCGUGAAUGAAGUUCACAAGGACAUAAGUGCAAAGCAGGGUAUGGUCGAAGUUGAUACAGACGAGGAGGUGGCACGCGUCAUGACGGCCCAAACUGAGGAGUCCAUGGUCCUCAAGGAUGGUGAUGCUAAGCCAAAGGACCGCUCUAUUCUGACGAGCAUCUUCCUUAUCCUAAAGGAACAAAAGGCCCUGCUCCCUCACAUCAUUGUCGCUGGACUCGCCUGCAGUAUCGCCGCAGCUACCUGGCCGGGCCAAGCUGUCCUGUUCUCCCGGCUUAUCACCGCCUUCUCUUCUAGCCAACCCUCCGAAUCAGAUGCCAACUUCUAUGCCCUCAUGUUCUUCGUCAUCGCUCUCGGAAACCUUAUUGCGUACUUCACCAUCGGCUACAUCGCCAACCACGUUGCUCAAUCCAUCUCUCACCAGUACCGCCUUGAGCUGUUCAGCCGCAUGGUCGUCAUGGACAUUGACUUCUUUGAUCGAACUGAGAACUCAUCUGGCGCAUUAGCUUCGACCUUGUCCUCGGUUCCUACGAGCUUAACAGAGCUUUUUGGACUGAACAUUUUUGUCAUUCUCGUCAUGGUAGUCAACCUAACUGCCAGCUCAGUUCUUGCACUCGCAUAUGGCUGGAAGCUCGCUCUUGUGAUGGUGUUUGCAGGAUUGCCUCUUCUUAUGGGAUCUGGCUACUUCAAGAUCCGGCUUGAGUCUAGACUUCAUGAGAGCAACGAGGUGCGAUUCCGUGAAAGCGCCAGUCUCGCUAGCGAGGCUGUCUCCGCUUUGAGGACCGUUGCCUCUUUGACUGCCGAAUCGGAUUUUAUUCAGGCAUACUCUGAGACUCUCUCAAGUAUCGUCGUCCAAUCAGUCGCAUCUCUCUCAAUCUCUAUGAUUGCAUAUGCAUUCUCACAAUCCAUUGAAUUUCUGGUUAUGGCCCUUGGAUUCUGGUACGGCUCGCGACUCAUCUCUUCUGGAGAAUACACAUCGGAACAGUUCUUCCUCAUCUUCAUGGGUGUUUUGUUUGCUGGUCAGGCUGGUGCCCAACUCUUUGCCAACUUGGGUAGUCUCACAAGAGCAAAGGGUGCGGCAAACUAUCUCCUUAACCUACGGAUGGAGCAACCAGUCAUUCGAGAGACCGAUGAGAACAAAGACCGAGGUCCGGAUCUUGACCAGCCCAUCAGUGUUAACAACGUUCACUUUAAGUAUAAUAGUCGCAGUACUAAGGUUCUUCACGGGAUUUCAAUGGAUAUCAACCCGUCUCAAUUUGUUGCUGUUUGCGGUCCCAGUGGAUGCGGCAAGUCAACCCUGGUAUCUCUGCUUGAGCGAUACUACGAUCCUACAUCUGGCAAGAUCUGCGUUGGCGAGCAAGACGUUAAGGAUGUUUCUCCUCGUCUCUUCCGCAACGAGAUGUCCAUAGUUCAACAGGAACCUGUCCUCUACGAAGGAACUGUACGAGAGAACAUCUUGAUGGGUCUUGAUGGCGACAUUGAAGACACAUCUGACAAACGGCUCAACGAAGCUGCUCGACAAGCCAAUAUUCUCGAUUUUGUCUCUUCCCUCCCAGAAGGCUUCAACACUCCAUGCGGUGCACGAGGCACAGCAUUCUCAGGCGGUCAACGUCAACGAAUCGCCAUUGCCCGUGCUCUUAUCCGCAAACCGAAGCUACUUCUUCUCGAUGAGGCAACUUCGGCACUGGAUACACACUCGGAGCAACUCGUCCAGGAAGCACUUGAGCAGACGAGAAAGGAAAGCGGAUGCAGUGUGAUUGCGGUUGCUCAUCGACUUUCGACUAUUCGAAACGCUGAUGUCAUCUUUGUGCUUGUUGGUGGAAAAGUUGUUGAGGUGGGAACGCAUCAAGAACUUCAGUUCAAGGGAGGUGUGUAUGCGGAUAUGUGUCAGGCUCAGUCCCUGGAUAGAGAAGCUUGAGGGAUAGACUUUUUGUUUUGUUUGGGAUGUAGAUAUAGACUUUUGUAGCCAUCGUAGAGAGCUCAUCUGGCUCGUUUCAGUUACAUUCUCAUUAUUAAUACUUGGAAUUUAUUAAUAUUUGCAUUCUUAU